AUGGAGGGAGAGGCCUUUCUCAGCCGGGCCCAGCCAGGCACCUGCAACCCCUUCCAGCUGGCGGGUCUGCCGGAACAGACACCAGCUUCCUGUACCAAGAACCACCUCAUGGACCCGGCCUGCCCUCCCCAGGGCCUUUGCCCGCUGCUGCUGACCUGCCUGCUGAUCCUCUCCGGUGCUUGGGGGUUCCAAGUGUAUGUGGAGCCCCAAGACCCUCUGGUGCUCAUCGGGGAGCCCCUCGUGAUGAACUGUUCUACAGACUGCCCUCUGCCUGCGUCUCUCAUCCUGGAGACUUUCCUGUUCAAAGAGACUGUGGACAGUGGCCCAGGUUGGGAAACCUUCCGGCUGACCAUGACAGAGGACUCGGCGGUCAUAUGUGCCGUCAACUGCCAGGGCCAGCAGCUCACCAAUUUUUCCAGCAUCUCUACCUACAGCUUCCCCGCCAGUGUAGACCUGGCCCCAUUCCCCCCGUGGCUGCUGGUGGGCGAGAACCUCACCGUGCGAUGCCUCGUGGAGGGUGGGACACCCCGGACUCAGCUCACGGUCGUGCUGCUCCGGGGGGAUGAGGAGCUGAGUCGGCAGCCCGCGGUGGAGGAACCCGCCCAGGUCACUACCACAGUGCUCGCGCUCAGGGAGCAUCAUGGUGCCAGCUUCUCCUGCCUCACCGAGCUGGAUCUGCGUUCCCGUGGGCUGGGGCUGUUCCAGAACAGCUCGGCCCCCCAGCAGCUUCGAACCUAUGCCCUGCCAGACACCGGCCCACGCUACACCGGGCCCAGGUUACUGGAGGUGGGGAAGCCGUGGAACGCGACUUGCAGCUUGGAGGGGCUCUUCCCGGUCUUUGAGGCGCGCGUCCAGAUGCUGCUGGGGAACCACAUGCUGCACCCCACGGUCCACACCCGCCAGGACACUGUCGAGGCCUUUGCCCAGGUCCCGAGCCAGAUGCAGGAAGGACCCCACGAGCUUCUCUGCAGCGUGAACCUGGGGCCCGAGAGCCGCGAGUCUCGCGAGAACCUGACCUUUUAUAGCUUCUCCGGGCCCAACCUGACACUGAGUGAGUCCGACGCCCUGGAAGGGUCAUUAGUGAAUGUGACCUGUACAGCAGGGGCCCGGGUCCGGGUCUCCUUGGAUGAAAUCCUCGCCCCUGGCCCAGGGCAGCCGGUUCACUUAAAGCUAAACGCCACAGAAUUGAAAGACAAGCAUGUUUUUAUCUGCAAUGCCACCCUCAACGUGAAGGGGAUGCUCCUGCACAGGGUCCAGAGUGCCCAGCUGCGCGUCCGCUAUGGUCCCAAGAUUGACAGAGCCAAAUGUCCACAGCAUUUGAUAUGGAAAGAGGACACUUUCCGUGUCCUGAACUGCCAGGCCAGGGGUAACCCCGAUCCCCUUCUGAAGUGUUUGCAGAACAAUUCCAGGAAGCCGGUGCCUGUGGGCAUCUCCUUCUUUGUCACUUCCAACUACAGCGGCACUUACCUCUGCCAGGCGACCAACUCACUGGGCACUUACACUUUGACAGUGGAGAUAAAGGUUCAGGGUGAGCAAAAGUGGGGGAACCCCAUGAGUCUAAGACGGGAAGUAAGUCUGGGGGGGGGGGAAACCAGGAGGCAAAAAUAUUUACUCCUUCCUUCAUGUUGCAUCUCUGCACAGAUCAGAACUCCCAAGCUGUCACUAUUGCCCUGA